CUUUCCAAUUCAAUAAGCCAUGUUUGUGAUGGGAGAUCCAGUUUCACAUAUGCUUCGUCUUUAAUCAUUGCUUUCUUUCUUCCAAUUUUGGAUUUGUAUGGUGGAAGCUGUUAAAUCAUUUCAAACUAUAUCUGGGUAUUUUUUAAGUUUUCAGCAAACCAAAAUGUCACCUGAGAAGAAGUGUGUAUCAAAACUGGAGAAGCAAAAAGAUUGCAAAGUUUAUUCUCUCUUAGAUUUGCCUGAGUGGACCUUGCUUUGCAUUCUUGAGUGUCUUUCAGCACAGGAUUUGUUUAUAGUGUCACAAGUGUGUACCAGUUUGAGGGACAAAACCAGAAGUGAUGCUUUGUGGGAGAAACUGAUCAAGCAGAAAUGGGGUAGGUUACUUGGUGAAGCUGCUUACCAAGAGUGGCAGUGGCACACAACAAAAAUUGCAAACACACAUAGCAUCUUCUCACUUCAGCAGAAUCAGAGUGGAUCAUGUGGCUCUUUCAGUGGUGUUUGGCCUUUCCUAAGCUUUCACUCUUAUUUGGAAAAUUUCAUUGACUUCAUUACUUUGUUUAAACAUUGUUCAAAUAUGGCUUUGUAUAUCUGUCUUGAAACUGGUCGCUUCUGGUUUCCUGUUCAAAUGUAUAAGACUUCAAAGCUAUUCUGUUAUGAUGUCAUAGUCAGCUAUGACUCUAAAAGAGACACCUUCAAAGCAAGGUCUCAAACUGGUGGGUGGCGAAUGAGUGAGCAAAAUAUUGAGUGGGAUAGGUUGAGAUCACCACCAGUUGAUACUUCUCCAAGGGAGGUUCAUAUGUCUAACUGUAUGAAUGAUUUGAAACCAGGAGAUCAAAUUGAGAUUCAAAUGAAAAAACGCAAAGAAUCCCCUUUUUAUUGGUGCUAUGCUGUAAUUGGUCAUUUGGAAACAUGCAACCAGAAUGUGAAUCAUUGCCGCUGCCAAUACAGUGACAAUCUAGUAGUAGAAUUCAAGCAAUAUCUAGCAGGUAGUAUAAAUAAAAGAUCAGUGUUGAACAGAAACAGGUAUGAGGAACAAGUUUCAAUGCUUAGUUGGUUUGGUGGAAUCAGAAAACUUGAUAAGGAGGAGGAGAUCGAAAAGUGGAACAACCUCUUUGCAUCUAGAUGAUGUCUUCACCGUUCGUAUGAAUGGACCUAUAAUUCAUUUUCAUAAUACCUUUCUCUUCAAACGUGUGUCAUAAUUAGAAUGUGUUUCUAACAUCUUACACUCUCAUUGCUCUUCAACUUCUCAUUAUAGUUUGAAACAAUGAGGAGAAAAAAAGUCAUGUGUGAUGA